AUGUCUUCAGGAAAGACUUGCACAUUGAGCAACGGAGUUACACUCCCCGCCGUUGGUUUCGGUACCUUUGCCAGCGAGGGCUCCAAGGGCGAGACCUACGCCGCCGUCACCUGCGCUCUCGAGACUGGUUACCGCCACCUGGAUUGCGCCUGGUUCUACCUCAACGAAGAUGAGGUUGGCGAUGGAAUCCGUGAUUUCCUCGCUAAGAACCCCUCCGUCAAGCGUGAGGACAUCUUCGUGACUACCAAGGUCUGGAACCACCUGCACCGUUACGAUGACGUUAUCUGGUCCUGUGAGAACUCUCUCGAGCGGAUGAAGCUCGACUACAUCGACCUCUUCCUCGUUCACUGGCCCAUUGCCGCCGAGAAGGAGACACAAGAGAAGCCCAAGAUCGGCCCCGAUGGAAAGUACGUCAUCCUUAAGGACCUCACUGAGAACCACGAGGAGACAUGGCGCGCCAUGGAGAAGCUCAACGCUGAUGGCAAAGUCCGCGCCAUUGGUGUGUCCAACUGGACCAUCCCCCAGCUUGAGGCCAUGACCAAGUACGCCAAGAUCAUGCCCCAGGUCAACCAGAUUGAGAUCCACCCCUUCCUCCCCAACACCGAGUUGGUCAACUACUGCUUCUCCAAGAACAUCCUGCCCCAGGCCUACUCUCCUCUGGGCUCGCAGAACCAGGUCCCCACCACCGGUGAGCGUGUCGCCGAGAACAAGACCCUCAACGAGGUCGCCGAGAAGGGCGGCAACACACUGGCCCAGGUCCUCAUUGCCUGGGGUCUCCGUCGGGGCUACAGCGUUCUCCCCAAGUCCUCCAACCCCAAGCGCAUUCAGUCCAACUUCAAGAGCAUCGAGCUCAGCGAUGAGGACUUUGCCGCCGUCAACAAGGUUGCUGAGGGCCGUCACUGCCGCUUCGUGAACAUGAAGGAUACCUUCGGAUACGAUGUCUGGCCCGAGGAGACUGCCAAGGGUCUGUCUCUUUAA